ACCUACCAAUGACCAAUCCCACUUAGCAACGAUACUCUUUUCCAAAGAACCAUUCCCCGAAGACUCUCAAUCAAUAUUGGAAAAGCCGAACGGGCUGCAUCGAUCGAGGUAAUAUGGUUUACUUCAGAAACUGGGACAGCUUUGUUUCCGAAUCCAACAAGCUAUACGAGGCUUCGCCAGUCAAGACCCGAUAUUGCACCAAAUGGCGUCACGAACUGGGUCUCCUGGUACUGAAGGUAACAGACGAUAACAAAUGUCUGAAAUUCAAGACUAGAUCGGCCGUCUAUCUGAACCGGUUCGAGCUCAUGACCCGGGCGAUGAUCCAGCAGAUGCAAAACGUCAAGACCAUCAAUGAGCCCGAGGUAGCCUCCAAGACCUCCACGGAAAACAAGGCAAAGGUUCCUGCUUCAACUUCAGGCUCGGUCCCCAUUUCGACUACCACCAAGGAAGCCGCUAAACAUCCCCCAGUCUCCAAGAAGAAGAAAGGAAAAAAGAAGAAAUAGGACGGUCUCCUCGUCCAGGACUCAGGAGUGACGCCGUGCUCCCAUCACUCCUCCAUUUCAUGCCCACCCAAACUGACUCUGUUAUGAUACUUGCUGCUGCCUUUGAAAAUUGUACUAAAAUACCAAACGAUAAAUAACCAAAACCAAAAAUCCAUCAUCAUGGGAAAUGAUUAAGGACAGUCGCGUCUUUCUUCAUAUCUUUCAUACUACUGAUUGAGCAAGAAACAGAGACUCGCGUGGUAGAUAAAGGAAGGAUGCACAAAUGUAUCUUGCAAUCUAUGUAUAUGACACUGACAGAGAGCGAUACAACAGGGUAGAGAAGAUGACACAUUCCGUCAAGUGUGUCGGCUCAGUUCUCUCCUCACAUUCGCCUUUUUUUACCAUUUCAUCUACCCAUAUUUUUGUGUUUGUUCACUUCUUUCAAUUCUCAGCAAUCAAUGUCAUCCUAUUUUCAAAUUAUCCAAAAUAA